AUCAUUCAGUUGAUUAUAAACCACAUAGUAUCAAAAUAAUACAGCAUAAGAUUCGCAGAGCAAAUUGGAGUUUCUCAAGAUCUUGGUCGGCUCGUUUCUUUCCAAGAUUCUCCGAAAAACAAUCCGUAUAAACAUUAAUUCUACUCGAGAAGAAGGCUGAGCAUAAGCAAAAGCAGCAACAGCAGCAAAAUGGCUGGUGGUUAUGGUGACUCAAGCCAGAAGAUAGACUAUGUAUUCAAGGUGGUGCUCAUCGGAGACUCCGCCGUGGGGAAGUCUCAGAUACUGGCUCGUUUCGCUCGCGAUGAGUUCAGUUUAGACUCUAAAGCAACCAUUGGCGUGGAGUUCCAAACUCGAACCUUGAACAUUCAACAUAAAUCUGUUAAAGCUCAGAUCUGGGACACCGCUGGCCAAGAACGGUAUAGAGCAGUCACGAGUGCAUAUUACCGGGGUGCUGUUGGAGCUAUGCUGGUUUAUGACAUAACUAAACGUCAAACCUUCGACCACAUACCACGUUGGCUUCAAGAAUUACGUGGUCAGGCAGACAAAAAUAUAGUAAUUAUUUUGCUUGGAAACAAAAAUGAUCUGGAGGAUGAGAGGGCUGUCUCCACGGAGGAUGCCAAAGAGUUCGCUCAACAGGAAGGACUAUUCUUCUUAGAAACCUCUGCACUGCAAGCAACCAAUGUCGAAGAUGCCUUUAUGACCGUUUUGACAGAAAUAUUUAACAUUGUCAAUAAGAAAACCCUUGUUGCCAGCGAGGAUCAAAGUAAUGGCAACCCUGCAUUGCUUACUAGCAAGCAAAUACUUGUACCUGGUCCUGGACAAGUAGUCCCAGCAAAGAAGGGGAUGUGCUGUUCUUCUUGAUAUGUUUUGAAGUUUGAUGUUUUUCUUGAGAGAUUUUUUGACACCUUCAGGAAGCAGUGGGCGUAUUGGUUGGUGUAUAAUUUUCAUUACCAGAGUUAUUUGUUGGAGGAUUUUGUUAUGUUAUUUGUUGCAGUGUGCUGUGCUGGUGUAAAUUUUUUAUAAGCUAUACAACUUAGUAUUCUUCUGCUGCUUGCAAAAAAUAAAGAUGUGGUUUUUUUUUUCUGGUA